CAAUUAAAAUUUACAGGAUUACUCCUCUCUCUCCAUCUCCCUCGAUGGCGCUCCUCCCUCAUCAUUUCCCCUCCGCCACCCUCCACCGCCACCGCCACCGCCACCAUCCCCAGUCGCCCUCUCCCAUUCCCAGUCCUUUAAAAAGUUCACCCUUUCUUCUGUCCAAAUCUACUUUGCCCAGUUCCAAGCCGUUCUACCGAGCCAAAGCCCAAGCUUUAGCCGCCCGCGCCUCCUCCUUCUCGUCCUCCGACCGCCCCGUCUCUAGCGACCUCGUGGAGCUUCCUCUCUUCCCCCUUCCGCUCGUCCUCUAUCCAGGCGCCGUUCUCCCCCUCCAGAUCUUCGAGUUCCGCUACCGCGUCAUGAUGCACACCCUGCUUCAGACGGACCUUCGAUUCGGCGUCGUCUUCUCCGACGGGGGAUCAGUUGCUAACGUUGGCUGCGUCGGCGAAGUCGUCAAGCACGAACGCCUCGUAGACGACCGGUUCUUCCUCAUUUGCAAGGGCCAGGAACGCUUCCGCGUCUCCCGCGUCCUUCGCUCCAAGCCCUACCUUGUUGCGGAGGUCGCCUGGCUCGAGGACCGGCCACCGCCGCGUAUGGCUGAGGGCGAGGACCUCGAUGCCCUUGCUUCUGAAGUGGAGAACUACAUGCGCGACGUCAUCCGCAUAUCCAACCGCCUCAACGGCAAGCCCGAGAAAGAGGGCACGAUGGACCUGAGGCGCAGUCUAUUUCCCACACCAUUCUCUUUCUUCGUGGGAAGCACCUUCGAAGGAGCGCCGAGGGAGCAGCAGGCGCUGCUCGAGCUUGAGGACACCGGCGCCAGACUUCGCAGGGAGCGCGACACGCUCCGGAACACCCUUAAUUACUUAACCGCUGCGUCAGCAGUCAACGAUGCCUUUUCACCCUCAAACUCUUCUUGACAAGUUAAUGCUAGUGCUGUGAUGGAAGAGACGAAUAGGCAAUGAGACAAACACUUCAUAGGCAAGAUAUGUUUCUCCUCUUUCUUUCUUUUUUCCCCCCUUUUCUUCUCCCUUUCCUUCUAUGUUUGCAUCUUUCUUCUUUUGUAUAUGAUAUGUAACGAUGAUAAAUCCAAAUUCAGAUUA